AUGUUACUCUUGUUAAUACUUUCUCUCACCCUCUUUGCUCUUGGCCUUCUUUCUGCCGUAGCUUAUUUUCUGCUGAGCGCCACAAAGUAUUAUGGGCCUAGGGCCGGCACGGCCGGAGAGGCUGUCUCUGUCCAGAUUCUUGUCCUGGGGGAUAUUGGCCGGAGCCCACGUAUGACAUACCAUGCGCUCAGUAUCGCCAAGCAUGGGGGGAAGGUGGACUUGAUAGGAUAUCUCGAAACCUCACCUCACCCUGAUGUCGUCAACAACCCCAACAUCACCAUCACAUCUCUUCCAACUCCCCCUUCUCGACCCCCAUCAAUCCCCUUCAUCCUCUUCGCCCCCUUCAAAGUCAUCCACCAAGUCAUCCACCUCACCCACCUCCUCUCCCACACCCUCCCACCAGCCCAAUGGCUCCUCGUCCAAAACCCCCCCACCAUCCCAACCCUCGCCAUCGCCAGCCUCACCUGCCGCCUGCGCAACACCAAACUCAUCAUCGACUGGCACAACUACGGCUGGACCAUCCUCGCCAACACCCGCGGCAGCACCCGCCACCCCUUGGUCAUCCUCUCCAAGCUCUACGAAUGCUACUUCGGCCGCCUCGGCGACCUCCACCUAACCGUAACCAACGCCAUGGCCCGCCAACUCCGCAACCCUCCUUACUCCGUCCCAGGCCCCAUGCUCGCCGUCCACGACCGGCCCGCGUCCAUCUUCCAACCCGUCACCUCCCCACAAACCCGCCUAUCUACCCUCCGACGUGUCCUCCCAACCCAUGAAACAGCCAUGCUUGCCCCGCACAUCCUCUCAGGCACCACCCGCUUGCUUGUGAGCAGCACCAGCUGGACCCCAGACGAAGACUUUUCCUUGCUCCUCGACGCAUUAGUCGAGUACGCCGCGUCGUCCGACACACCUGGGAGCACCAACCCCCCGCUCCUAGCCAUCAUCACAGGCAAAGGCCCGCAACAAGCACACUACCUCGCGCGCAUUGCCGAACUCACGGCUGCCGGCCAUCUCCCCAACAUCCGCAUCGCCACGGCUUUCCUACCCUUCGCCGACUACGCCGCGCUACUGGCGUGUGCCGACUUAGGAGUGUGCCUACACCGCAGCAGCUCGGGCGUAGAUCUCCCGAUGAAAGUGGUGGAUAUGUUUGGGGCCGGGUUGCCGGUGGCCGCGUAUUGCGGGUAUGAGAGUUUUGGGGAGUUGGUGAGGGAGGGGGAGAAUGGGAUGGGGUUUGAGACGGCGGGGGAGUUGGCGGGAGUUUUGGGGAGGUUGUUGGGUGGUGGGGAUGGUGCGAAGGGGGAACUGGGGAGGUUGAAGGAGGGGGCGAUACGCGAGGGGAAGAGAAGGUGGGAUGAGGAGUGGGAUGGGACAGUUGGGGUUGGUCUUGGGUUGGUGUCUGGCCGGGGUAAAUAG